UCGUCGAUGGCCUGGCACUAUCAUUGGCGUUUUAACUGUGGACGGUUGCUACUCGCACUCGCUGGCGGAUUAACGGCAUAGAUAUACAUACAUAUAUGUACACAUGCAGCUACAUAUAUAUAUCUAUAUAUCUGGAGCUAUUAUGUGCAAGUCUGCGUAGAGAGAAGGGAGAGGCGUUCAACAAACAACAAAAAAACACCCAUUCUUAACGAAAUUUAGCGCAAAUCUAAACCAAAAUACUGCUACGAACAUUCCAAACAUAAAAAUCAACCAACAAAAAACCGAUAAAAUGUUGUACCAACGCAGUUGAUUAAGAAAAACUCACCCAAAAAAAACCAAAAUCAACACCAAUAAAUCUAUAUAUAUAAAUAAUUAAAAAUAUAUAAUAUAUUCAUAAUCGAUAAGCGUUCAACCUUAAGCCCACAAGAAAAAUAGCUUAAACAAAGAACUAGCUUUAUAGACAGGACACCCUCCUACAACAACAACCAAACACACAAAACCAAAGUGACAAAAACCAAUUAAAACCAAAUUCUCAAGUAAAACCCGAUAAAAAAAGAAAAGCAGUAAAAAUGGCCGACAAGAAAAUUGGUGAAUAUUACACGCCGCCGGUAAAAAUGGGCAAAUGGGAGGGUUUCAAAAAAUUCCUAUGGAACAGUGAAACUAGCCAAUGCCUUGGACGUACCGGUUCCAGUUGGGCAAAAAUUCUACUAUUCUACAUAAUAUUUUAUGCGGCGUUAACUGGAUUCUUUGCUGCCAUAUUUACGGUGUUCUAUCAAACGUUGGACAGUGAGAAGCCCAAAUGGAUGCUCGACAAUGGUUUGAUUGGAUCCAAUCCAGGUCUUGGCUUCCGACCAAUGCCCCCAGAGGCGAAUGUUGAGAGCACUUUAGUCUGGUACGAGUCAUCGAAGAAGGACAACUACCAGUACUGGGUCGAUGAAACUGCACGAUUUCUGAAAUAUCACACUUACGAGGACGAGGAUAAACAGAACCAUGUGAACUGCUCCUUCGAGCAUCCCCCACCAGAGGGCAAGGUGUGCGGUGUCGAGGCCUCCAGCUUUGCUCCCUGCACAAUUGAGAAUAACUUUGGCUAUCAUGUGGCCCGGCCCUGCAUAUUCCUCAAGUUGAAUAAGAUUUACAACUGGAUACCAGAGAUUUACAACGACUCAAAAACUUUGCCCAACCACAUGCCCGAUGAGUUGAAGCAGCACAUCAAGGAGAAGCAACAGCUGCGACCAAAUGAGACUGGCGUCGUUUGGGUGUCCUGCGAGGGUGAGAAUCCCGCCGAUGUUGAGAACAUUAAGGCUCGCGAUUACUAUCCACGCAUGGGUUUCCCACGUUUCUAUUUCCCCUUCAAAAAUAUUAACGGCUACAUACCGCCAAUUGUCGCUGUACAGUUCACUGUCGAAACCGGCGUCUUGAUCAACAUUGAGUGCAAAGCCUGGGCCCGCAACAUCAACCACGAUCGCUCGGACAGGAGAGGAUCCGUCCAUUUCGAGUUGAUGGUCGACUAAGAGAAGCGUUAAUCAUCUUGGAGCAGCAGCGGCGGAGAAAGCAGCGAAGGGAAGCGAACAAGGAGAAGGGAGGAGAGUGUUUAAGAAGGAGAAAUAGAAGCAACAAGAACAACAAACCACACACACACACAAAGCAAAAGCAAAAGCAAAAGAAAAUGAUAAUGAAAAAAAGAAAAUGAAAACGAAAACGAAAAAGCAUGAAAAGAGAGAGCAAAUGUAGCAGCAAAGCGUAAGCGAAAAGUUUAACAAGUACAGCAACAACCAAAGAGAACACUAAAAAAUGCUACAAGAAGAAAAGAAAAGCCCUAAAAUAAAAGAAAUACAAAAACCUAGCGCUAAAAGAAAAGCAAAACCAAAAAAGAUAAAAAAAAACCUACCCAACGCUAACAAAAAUGAACGCCCCACACACACCCACACAGCCACACUCACAGAUACACCAAACACACGAAUACAAAAGGAAAAACCCUUAAUUUGUUAGGACAAUUUUUAUUUAGUUAACAAUUUAGGCAAAGAAAACGGAAAAGCGAAAAACAAAAUAAUUGGCAGGCCACAUAAUUUAGCGCAAAUAUUCUAUUAUCAUUGAUAAAUAAUGACAAGAAAACACGGAAGCGUAAACUUAAAUAAAAAUAAAAAAUUGUUGUUAACAAAUUCUUCUUGGUUUUUUGGUGUAAUUUUUAACAAAAAAAAA